AUGCAACUCCUCCGAGACCUCGAAGACCACCACAAUGGACCAGUCCUACCGUGCCGUGCACUGCCCGAUUCGGUCGAAAUCCAGCUCCCGCACGUCGAGCAGACCCUCUCGUGGGACUGCGGUGUGUCUUGCGUGGCGAUGGUGCUGUCGCCCGAACAGCGCAGUGAUCUGCUUCUCAACAGAGAUCAGAUAGGCCGCGAAGAAGGAUACCACCAGAGUACCUGGACGAUCGACUUGUGCUACCUGCUGCGGCGGUUCGGCGUGGACCACGUCUACGCCACGGUCACCCUGGGUGUGAAUCCCAUGUUCCAGAAGGAAUGCUACUACAAGAAGUCCUUACAGUGGGACUUCCAAAGGGUCGAAGACCGCUUCCGCGACGCCGCGUCGCACGGUCUCACCGUUUGCCGGAGGUCCACCACGGUUGCCGAGCUGCUGGAUCACCUCGGGCGCGGCGCCCAGGUAAUCGUCCUCGUCGACCACGGUCAGCUGCACUGCGAUUCGUGUCAGAAAAACAAAGUCGUCGCUAAGGUGGCCGGGGUGUUCGCGCGCUACGCGCCGUACCAGGGCCACUACAUCGUGUUGUGCGGAUACAAGCUCAAGGAGAGGAAAUUCCUCUUCCGGAAUCCCUCAAAAAGCGAUCGCCUGUGCAGCGUCACUUUCGAAACCUUGGACAGAGCUCGCAAGCGCCUGGGCACCGACGAAGACGUCAUAUUCGUCAACACCUCCUCGCAAGAUUUUUCCUCGUAAGAGAAACGACGACGAAGUGGAGUAGUUGGGGAGUGUCAAGGUUCUGUUUGGCGUUGCGUAAGCUGUUGUCUGGGGAAUUUUUAGCGCAACGCAGAUGGUGUCGGCGUAAACUGUGACGUAAAGGUGUGAAGCUGCGUUGGUGGCGCUACCUCGCGACGCCGUGGUCAACUAACAUGCGUAAGCGCUUGUAGCUUACUGUAUUCUACUUGCCAUCUAGCCUAAAUGGCAGCGAUAUAAUCGUCCAAAAAAUAUAUAUUCUUUUGUAAUUUUAUUGAUUUUUAAGGACAGUUGUCCGAGAUGCGAAUCCUUCAAUCACAUGAAAGUUGAUCACAGCUUUUGAAAGGUGCCACCAGCCAGCUUUUCAUAUCCUGAAUGCACAUUCCAGUUAAACGCAUGACAUUACUUCUUCGUUGUGCUAAAACAGCAAGAAAAAAAAAACUUGUUGACUUAGGAGAGCUUAACACUGUCGGCAUUUAUUAAUAGUUACUAAAGAGUCUAAUGCCAUUGACCUCACCUACAUGACUUGCAUAUAACAUUUCAGGGAGGGAAGGUCACAAGCUGCAGGCUUCCUACCGUACAUGAAUAAAGAAGCCUCAGCAACUCUUAGUUCCUUCUUUUUGAGUGAUUUGAAUGUGCAUUGUACUCAAAUCACCAGCUUGUUCCAGUGACUGUCUGAACGUUGGUGCAAUGUUGGUUAUGCGCAUUAAUGCUAUCCUAGUAUGUUCGUGUGUGGUCUACCCUACUACGGAAGACCAGGAAAACAGUUGUUGACUUGUUAAUUCUCAAACCUGUUAAUCCACGAGUGUCUUUUGCGGGAAAGGUGCUAAUUUUUACUGCCACCUGUUUGUUGCUCACCUUGAAACAUUGAACUCUGUUGUUUUUAGUUAGUGUAGCAGGACUUCAAUUGUUGUGAUCAUGCAUAGAAGUCAACUUACUUAACGAGACAGUUUUUUUAGCAGACAAGGAGCCCGAUGGUAUGCUGAUUUUAUAUUAUAUGUAUCCGCCCAAGUUCUGAAGAGUUAUAUUGUGAUCUCAUUGUGCCAAUAGGUGCUUGUAAUGCCCUCUUUGCAAUAUUUUUAUUGUUUUUAUUGUCUAAUCGCUUUGACCGUGUGAUAAAGGGUCACUGACGGGUUGUUCGUAGGUACUAUGAAACAUUGUGAAAAGAACUGAAACAAACAAAACUCACUAUGUUGAAGGAAUGUGUUUCUGUUUUGUUUUAUCAUGUUUAGCGCUACUAUGUGAUCUUUGUAAUCAAGCUAAACUUAAAUAUUCUGGUGAGGCUGAAUAACGUAUUCGACCGACUUAGUACUACGCCUGUAUCUCCUGCAUAAGCAAUUUUUCCAAUAUUUCACUAAUGAUGGUCGUCAUGCCCUAACUCGCACCUGAAGGAUAGACCAGAUGUGAGUGACAUGUGCUUGUUGCCUUCCUAGCAGCAUUUGUAGAUAGUUUUCUUAUUAUUUCCUUUUCUCAGCCAUAGUAUGUCUAUUCAGCUAGCGUUUUCUCCUUCCUAUUUGUUUUUAUGAGUGUUUGACCUGCAAAAAAUAGGCCAUUUUCCAGUACUAUAAAUAGCUUAUUUCGCCUUUUUCAGUUUUUCUUGGUAUCUAUGUCCCCUCUGCACCUAAUAUUUCAACCUGUAAGUGCUUCAGUGCAUAUUUAUGCCAUGAUGUCGUAUACAUUGUUGCAUACGUCAGAUCCGUCAUUGUAUACUCCUAUAGCAAGAGCAGUUGACGUUGUGCCAAACGUACAUUGUAAGUACGCCGCUUGUUGCAGCCCAGUACGACAGGUAGUGUGAUGCGUGUUCUGGGGUUGUCUGCUUGCGUAGAAUUACAGGACUUGAGAAAUGUCACUGCAUGUUUUCGUGAUAUACUCCUGUUAUAGCAUGGCAUUUGCCACUAGCAGAACCCACUAUCUGUGAUUGUUGGUUGUACCAGAGUAGCAGGAUAAAACUCAUCUUCGGUGUUUGCCCAUCGCUAAACUCAACCUCAAACUUUGCAGUUUUAUGCAUGUUUACUGCUUCAGACAACAAAGAGCUCGUCGCAUGCUCCAGGCAAUCGCAUUCAUACUCUAGGCAAUCGCUUCAUUUGGUUCGCCUCCAUUUUUGUGGCCCCAUUUUUCGCCUUGCUCAAGCGCUGCCAUGAAAUGCAGGUGGUGUUUCCAAGAUGCAAAGGAUACUUUUUUGUGUAACGAUAUUAGUUUUGCUUUUGUUGUGUACUCUCAUAAACUUUCUCAGUCAUGGUAGAGGAGCUUAAGUUAGCAUGUCUCACUUGUUGAAAUGUCACUCUGUGCUGUUGUUCGCGCAGCUUGCCGUGUUGAGUGCUAACAGCUAGCUUGGAACCCCUCAUACAGGUUCUGAUGAAACCUUGAUUAAAUCAAAGUUUUUAUUUCACUGUUAAUAUAAUUUGUGAUCUACUAUAGUCAUAACAUUUUCGUGACCUCGAGCACCUUUUGAAUGUUCCAGAAGUUGACUCUGUCAUACAGACACAAAUGUGGGUGACCGGCUUCAGGUUGGAAACAUAACUGUCCUGGUGAAUUUCAGUCAGGCAUUCUGAAAUCUCUGUUCAGCCAAACAAUUGUCUUGGUAGUGAUGAUGAACCUUGAAUCAUUAAUGUGUUGAUUACAUUGGCCAAAAAGUUUGCAUAAUAUGCAUAAUUUACAUUAGCCAACAACAGUACCUAUGAUUUUAGUAGAUACCUGCUAGAAUAACUGUCUUUCACAGGUGAAUAAAAAGUGUGCUGUGGUUCUGUGGACAGAGCCAACAUUUUUUUUUAUAAAUUAUAAUCAAGCAAAAUUACUCUCCAUUCUAAUAAUGUUCAUGUGUUAAUGCUGAAUGUCAUUAUCUCCACACUUACCAAUUUUUGUUGUUCCUGCUCGGUGAUUCGCAACUGUGGCGUGUUGCCAAGUCUUUGGGUGCUUCUUUGCCGUACUUGCAUGACAUCUAUGCAAAACCUUCUGGUAGCUAUAAUCACUGGCUAUAGACCAUACUUCUCUCGUAACUAACAUCUAUAGUAUGUGUCAGGCUGUGUCAUAACAGCACUGUCCGAUAUUGAGUAUGAUGCAUUUAAAUGGUGCGCAAGACUAGCAUGUGCCACAGUAACUACAUGAAUCACUUGAAUUUCCCCAACAAAAACCUUUUGUCCUCGACUAUUGAGUCCAAUUCACACAGCUGUCAAAUACUUUGUCACCAUCGCAGCAUCCAUCAUGACAUCGCAUUUUCUCAUGAUGUGCCUGUGAAAUUCGGUAUCUUAACAUCACUGGCAUCUUAUUUUCGAAGGGAAAGCUACAUGAAAAUUAGCUUUAGGACAAAUCGCUUUGACAGUGAUGUGACAGCAUUUGUUAGCUGUGGGCAUCAGGUCUUAGAUGAAUGCGCAUGAUUGUGGGGCUGGUAGAGUAGUGUGCCUGUAAUACAGGCUUACUGAAGCAGACGGUCUUGUUAAGCAAGCGGCUGCAACUGUUCGGAGUCAAACUCAUUCAGGUUUCAGAAUCAGAAGCAGGUUUGUUGUGCGUACUACCGGUAGGUUGUGGAUGCCUGAAUCGGUAUGACUGAUUGUGGCAGAAACCUUACAAAUUUAAAGCCUGCAUAUAUCUGUCUCAAUGCAUUUUCAUUCCACAUAUAUCCAUUUAGAUGUAGUUGCAUGUUAAACAACUCUGGUGGCCUCAGUCUAAAGCCUAUACAAUAAUUCCUUUUAACCCCCUGUACUGGGGGCCUAUACAGUACCAUAGAAUAUGGAAUACUAUUCAGUGUUAGUCACCCCCACCCCCUCCCAAUUGGCCAUUCCAACAUUUGGGUGCCCAUGGCGUGAAACAUGACACAGAGCAAACAAAAUAGUUUUCUGCAUCUUGGGGUACGACAUAGGCCUACAAAGGAGCAUUUACAAUCCUAUCAACGUGCCACGCAAGCGAUGGCUUGGCCUACAAGACGCACAAAUUUAGAGUGUUGCUACCUUUCUAUAAUGCUAGUGAACCAUUGCUUUGCUUGCAAUUUAUGCACUAGUACUGGAUGUACCUUUGCGAAGAACUGUAGAGUGUUGUUACCUUUCUAGAAUGCUAGUGAACCAUUGAUUUUCUUGCAAUUUAUGCACUAGUACUGGAUGUACCUUUGCGGAGGACAUCGUUAGUCAUCUAUUCCUUGGUGCAAAUCGUGAGAUUGGUUUGCAAUUGCAAAGCCUCUAAAAUCUGGCAUUAUUCUGUCGCCCACCAUAGUUGCUUAGUCGCCAGUGUUCUGUGAGGUCGAGGGUUUGAUUCCUAACUUCAUCAGCUAGGUUUCGAUAGAAGGUGAAACACUAGCGUGAAUAGAUUUAAGUGAUACCGAAGUGUUGAACAUAAUAUGAAACCCUUCAUCACAGUGUCUGUCAUAACUGUGUUAUUAUCUUAGACAUGUGGAUCAAUUUAUGGUCCACAUGCCGCUACGGAUUCAGUCUAAAAGCAUCAAAAGGAACAUUUGACGUGCAUGUCGACCACUUAGUGUCGCUAGCAAAGCAGUAAAACCAGUCACAUAGCACGGAUACUUACAGUGCAUGUGCCGCGACAUAACGCCGUAGCCCUCAUCUAAGAUUGCUAGCCAAUUCACUAUUCGCUUUGGGUACCACUUAUGAAGUGCCGAAAUGUUUUUGUUAGACAAUCACUGAAACCGUGCAAGUGUGAAUUUCUGCAUUUAGAAGAAAAACUGUUUGGAUGGAAUGUUUUUGUUCAUGCUCUGUAAUGUUUACCACAUGAGAAUCUACUAAUAAAAAAAUAUGAAAUUGAGG